GGCUAAGCGGGUGGGUGGGAGUCUUGUCCUCCGCCCCGCAGCCCAAGGGGACCUACUAGGAUGGGUUGGGGGCGUCUGGGGGCGUCGCUGCUGCUCUUGGCCGCUCAGAUGUUGCUCCAGACGGCCAGGGCGCUCCUCAGCCGCCUCUUGCCGGGCCGAGCCCGCGAUCUGACCGCCGACUGCGUGCUCAUCACAGGCGGAGGACGAGGCAUCGGGCGCGCCUUGGCUCGCGAGUUCGCCCGGCGCGGAGCCCGCAAGAUUGUCCUGUGGGGACGGACGGAGAAAUGCUUGAGGGAAGCCACGCAGGAGAUCCGAGCGAUGGGCACCGAGGGCCACUAUUUCGUCUGCGACGUGGCCAAUCGGGAAGAGGUUUACCGGCAAGCCAAGGCUGUCCGGGAAAAGGUGGGAGAUGUCACCAUCUUGGUGAACAACGCAGCCGUGGUCCAUGGCAAGACCCUCCUGGACAGCGAUGACCACGCCUUGCUCAAGUCCCAACACAUCAACACCCUCGGACAGUUCUGGACCACCAAGGCCUUCCUGCCGCGAAUGCUGGAACUUCAGCGAGGGCACAUCGUCUGUCUCAACUCCGUCCUGGCUCUGUCAGCCAUUCCUGGCGCCGUGGACUACUGUACGUCCAAAGCUUCUUCCUUCGCCUUCAUGGAGAGUUUGACCCUGGGUUUGCUGGACUGUCCAGGGGUCAACGCCACCACGGUCUUGCCCUUCCACACAAACACGGACAUGUUUCAAGGAAUACGGAUCAGGUUCCCCAAUCUUUUUCCUCCACUUAAACCGGACAUGGUGGCCCGAAGGACGGUGGAGGCCGUUCAGCGGAAUCAAGCUUUCCUCCUGCUCCCAUGGAGUAUGCACAUCCUCAUUUUCUUAAAAAGCAUCUUCCCGCAAACGGCGCUGGACGAAAUCCACCGGUUCGCCGGGAGCUACCAGUGCAUGAAUACGUUCAAAGGAAGGACCUAAACGACACUUGUUGACCAUCAAAGCCGUGGUCUCCUUCCAGGGCUGGAAGGCUUGCGGUGAGGCCUCUGAAGGACAGGACGGGCCAGUCCAUCUACCAUGGAAAGCCCGACCCAUCAGGGGCGGCGUUUUUAACGGCUCCGUUAUUUUAGCUUGUGAGCAGUUUACAGAUGUUCCUCAGCUUGGAGGCAUCUCAGAGGGGUUCCAUCAACCACCUUUUUUGGGCGUCUCCCGGAUGAUCGAGGACGGUCCGUUUUGGCUUCCAUCACACCACAUUUCCAGGCAGAAGACGGCUCUCCUUGAGGUCCUUUCUCUUGAAGGAGAAGGGAAUUUGGGUUGGUCCUCUGCUGGUCCAUCUUCACAGGAGGGGCCUUCGGCUUGUUUUAAUGGAGAGGACCGUCGAAGCUUCCAUUUAUUGGGAUCUUGCAGCCAAGCUGUCCUCCAAUCCACCAUGGUCUCGAUGAAGAGCGAUGAACGCUCCGUGGACGGAAGGACAUUCUCUCUGUUGUUGGAGGGACCCAACCUACGUUUUCAAGUUGUGUAGACCCACAUUCUCCGUCUGCGAUGGUCGAGAUGGGCCGCUUGUCUCCAUGAUGAAAACCUUCUUAGCUAUUUGGGCCCGACUGGAACAGCUGGUGGGGACAAAUCCACAGCAGGAGAACCAGGUUGUCUCCUGGCUUGGACGGGGUGGGGGAGGACGGGGGUCAGACUAGAAGACCUUCCAAGGUCCCUUCCAGUCCUAGGAGCUCUGUAAUUCUGCAGGGAAUUAUCUAUAAAUCCAGGAAAUCUUUCUUAAGAGUGUCUUG